CCAUGGCCAUGAAAAAUAGUAGUGUUCAUUUUUUUAGUCUCAUUCUUUGGCUCUCUUUGUUGAUUUUAUUCUUUGGGUGGUGGAAUAUAUUUUCCAAGGAUAUUAAUGGCAUCCACCACCAAAUAUCUAUUUCUCAUCUCAGUUUCAGCAACCGGAAAGUACUCUUGGCUACCAAAUUUGACUUCACUCCAUUUCUACAUCAUCACAAGCAUCAUCGACGACAUCGUCCGAGACACGUUCCCAUCCAGCCUGAACCUUCUGGUGAUGAGAUCGACCCACGUCACGGCGUCGAAAAGCGACUUGUUCCUACUGGUCCAAACCCCUUGCACCAUUGA